AUGGAAUCGCGACGAAACGCGGUAAUAAAUGCUCUUCUAGCUAAAGCAAAUUUACUUGCUGAUAAUCAUUUGGCUAUUUCUACCGAAGACAUACCUAAGGUGUUUAGAUUCGGUUUACUCCAGAUGUGUUCGAAUCCCAAAUUAUCUGUCGAUUUCAGUAAAAAAUCAUCUGAGGCCGAUUUUCAGAUAUUGGAAGACACUAAAUGUUUAGAACGCGAAAGUUCAGACGUUCAGAAAGGAACAUCGGGAGGUUCUUCUGGUGAAUGCUGCUACCAAGUGCUUAAUUUUAUCAAUCAAAUGGAGAGUGCUGACUAUGAGCAACCUUCUCCAGGAUCCAAGGUGACUUUGAAAGAAGUUGAUGCAGCAUUUUAUGAAGUUUUAAAAUGGAUUGAUGUUAAUGAUAACAAAGUUCUUUUGCUGAAAGUUAAACAUGCAGUUGCUCAUGCACAUUUUGGUUUGGCUAUUACUUUUUUGCAAAAAGCGGCGGACGAUAAGGCAUAUCCAAAAUCCAUAUACAUAGACGUGGCUAUUGCUCGGGUACUUUCUUACUAUGAAUAUUAUCCAGAGCCGGAAAUGGCUUAG